AGACGCCUGCAGUGGAGUUUUUAAGGAUGAAAGGCUGGGUCUCUCUCCAUGGCCGGGUGCUAGCCUGAGCACAGGGCUAUAUCAAGUAAUGACAACUAAAAACGGACUGACAAAAAUAGCCAUCGUAUUGGUACCAGUAUUGCCUCGAGGAUAUCUCUCUUUUUCCUUUUCCAUUUUUCUGUUCCUCUCUCUCUCUCUCUCUCUCUCUCUCUCUCUCUCUCUCACUCACUCACUCACUCAUGCGCUCACACACAUCCCCCUCCCCUCACUCUACCUCGCUUUCCCUUUCCCACUAUCAUUCCUACAACAAACAUGGCCGCUAAGUCGGAUGGAGCAGCCGUGUCUGAGCAGAGUGAGACCCCGUCUCGGUGUCUGGUCGGACCCGAACAACGCCCAACCCUGUACCGGUAUGUCGGAACGCCGUACACGCUCGUGGACUGUUGUUGGGUGCUAUGCGCUCUCCUUGUCUUUUUCUCCGACGGGGCCACAGACCUGUGGCUGGCUGCGGACUACUACCUGAGGGGGAACAAUUGGUGGUUCUGGCUGACGCUGCUCUUCGUCGUGGUUCCCUCCACCGUGGUCCAGGUGUUGAGUUUCAGGUGGUUCGUGUAUGACUACACAGAGCUAAGCGGGACAUCCAGCGGGGCAGGUCCUGCGGCGUGCGGAGGUGAUUUCAGCACCAAGGGCAGCGAUCAACGGAGCACCGGCAAUGCUGCCGGGGCCAGUUCGCUGCCCGCCACGGGCACACUGAGCAGCACCCGGAGGUGCUGCAGAGUCUGCAUGUGGAUCUUUCAAUCCGUCAUUCACAUCCUGCAACUGGGGCAGGUCUGGAGGUAUGUUCACGUCCUGUACCUGGGCGUGCAGAGUCGCUUCCAUGGCGACCUGGAGCGGCGGCACUUCUACUGGCGCCUGAUGUUUGAGAGUGCCGACAUAAACAUGCUGCGGCUGCUGGAGGCCUUCCUCAAGAGCGCCCCCCAGCUGGUACUGCAGCUCAGCAUCAUGAUCCACGGCAACCAGAUCCUGCCCCUACAGGGCCUCUCUGCAUCUGCCUCUCUGGUAUCUCUGGCCUGGAUGAUUGCCUCCUACCAGAAGGUGCUGCGGGACUCGCGUGACGACAAGCUGCCCAUGUCCUACAAGGCGGUCAUCGUGCAGAUGCUCUGGCACCUGUUCACCAUUGGAGCGCGCACCAUCGCCUUCGCCCUGUUCGCCUCCGUCUUCCAGCUCUACUUCGGCAUCUUCAUCGUGGCACACUGGUGCGCCAUGACCUUCUGGAUCAUCCAGGGCGAGACCGACUUCUGCAUGUCCAAGUGGGAGGAGAUCAUCUACAACAUGGUGGUGGGCAUCAUCUACAUCUUCUGCUGGUUCAACGUGAAGGAGGGCCGCGCCCGCUUCCGCCUGGGCGUCUACUACUGCGUGACGCUGGUGGAGAACACGGCGCUGACCGCCGCCUGGUACCUGCACCGUGGGCCGCACUCGUCCGACUUCUACGCGCUGCUGAUCGUGUGCGUGGUGCUGUGCAGCUACGCCCUGGGCACCUUCUUCAUGCUGGUCUAUUACUGCCUGCUCCACCCCGACGGACCCAUGCUGGGUCCGCAGUGGAGCUGCGUGGAGGAGGGCAUGGGGGUGAUGGGGUUGGGCGGGGGCGAGUUCGGCACCGGGGGAACCCCCAUUCCCCAGCAGGAUGUGGUGACCAGCCCGCCCAGGACCCUGCAGAGGACUACGAGGGGGGACCGCAGCGUGGACGGGGGGAUGGAGCCGGGCAGUGCGGGCGAUCGGGACAGCUGCCUGCCCGUAUUCCAAGUGCGGCCUCCCAGUGCGCCGCCUUCCGCCCAGUCCCCGCGCACGCCACGGCUGGAGGGUCCGGUGAUCCGCAUCGACCUGCCCCGGAAGAGGUACCCGGCCUGGGACGCCCACUUCAUCGACCGCCGGCUGCGCAAGACCAUCCUGGUGCUGGAGAACACCUCGCCGGUCACACCGCGCAUCCAGUACCGCAGCCUCAGCAACCCCAAGGAGGUGACAGAAUAUGAGACCACAGUGUGAGUGCGCACACACAAAUACCUCCAAGCCGCCAGGGGGCACCAACAAGCCUCCCUUUCAAACACAGGCUCUGAAAGGAGCGCGCAGGGAAACUGAGCUCUGGAGGGACAAGAGGACGCUGGGACAUGUAGUUCUCCGGGGCUGGCCCCUCUGUGCUCCUGUGUCAGACCUGUGCAUGCGAGGGCCCUGGCCAUGGCCGGCACUCUCUUACAGCAGGAGGAGGGAGAGAAGACAGAGGGGCUCAAAAGGUCAGGGGUCAACCUUUGAAGUCACGACCUCUUCUGUAACAAGACUGAGACAAGAACAACCUAAGUGGGACCAUAUCAGGCCCAGCUAAUGAACCAUAUGGAUGACAAACUAUGGAGCUGAGACAGCUACAGUAUAGUGCCAUUGUUGGAUGAUGAUGAUGGUGACUGACUGUGAAGGUGACUGUGGUGGUGCAAGUGAUACUAGUGGUGCUGUUGAUGACAAUGACUGUGUCCAUUUUAAAGAAAACGACUAUAUAGUGUAUGUAAAAUCCAGAGAAGAAUUUGAAUUCUUCACGCCAGUUCUGUUAGAGAGAGCUACCGUUGGCUUCUCGACCUCAGUGUUACAGUGACAUGAAAACAGUUACAGUUGUGUGUCAGUUCGCUUCUGUGAAUGGUGCAAAGAUUUAGCAAUCAUCCUUUUUCCUUGAAUCGAUUCAAUGAUUUGAAUAUUUAUUUUUUUCAUAGAUUUUAUUGAUUUGAUCAUUUUUAUGACUCAGUGACCAUGUCUUUGAUAUGAUUCGUAUGAUGUAAUCAUACGUCUAUAUACAUAUGGAUUUUUCUGUUUGGUGUAUAUACUACAUUUUAAGCCCCUUGUGGGUAAGUAUGAGUGUUUGUUUGAGGUUGUGUGUUUGUUUGAUUGGUCUUGGAAAAUGCUGCCUCAUUUAUAAUAAAGAUAAAGAGCAGAUAAAAAAAAACUAAAUUAAAAGAAAAAAGACGUAAAAUCAAAAGCUGUGAUAAAAAUGUAGAUGGAAAAAAAAGAUAAUGGUAGUAAAAUCGGCUGAGCCAACAGUCUUAAGAAACCCAGAAUCCAUUGUGUGUGGUUGUGCUUCAUUUUGAAUUAGAGUGUUUUCAGAGAUACUGUUUCAAAUAAUGAGAUGCAUUUGUUCAAACAUCUUGUGUAUGUGAUGUUGCCUUUGUUUUGCAUCAUUUGAUGUGUCUGUAAUGUCAUAACCCCCUGUCUCCAUUUGUCAUCGGAUAAUUUUAGGAUUUGACAUGUCAGAACCAUGGAAACAGAGUUAGAGUUCUGCAGUAUAAGAUUUCAGGCAGGAACCAAAGCUGAGAUGUUCUACUUUCCAUAUUGUCAACUGAUAGCAGUAAAUUCAAUAUGAGAGCAAAAGAUGCUUUCAGUCAUGUUUUUUCACAAGUUCCACUACUCAGUCCGAUUUAACACAACCCAGCUCAUCCCAUAGGACAAUAUGUAACUUCAGUAAAGGACAAGAGAAGCCAUCUGGGCCAAAUUUGUGUUGAAUUUUUUGGGUGACAAUAAAAUGUGCCAUGACCACCA